AUGACAGAAAGAAAACAACAAGAACGAGAUAACAUACAAGUUUCAAUAAGAAUAAAGUACAUUAAAAAGACAUGUAACUAGACCCAUGUUUGAAGAAGGAAAGACGUGCAUACGAACUGAUCCAAACCUGAAGAAUACCAUCUUCAUAGAAGGAUAGAAUCAGUAAGAGUAGAAAUUCUUCUCGUUUGAUAAUGUGGCUGGAGCAGACUCUACAUAGGAAGAUAUCUUUUUCAUGAUUGGACAGCAAUAAGCUAAUAAUUGUUUAGAAGGUAUGAUUAACUGUAAUUUUAGGCUACAACGGAUGUGUGUUUGUAUAUGGUUAGACAGGGUCAGGCAAAACUUACACUAUGACAGGAACAUCUCAGUAACCAGGACUACUACCACGUAUAAUAGAUUAUCUCUUUCGAUGUGUCUUUGAAGACUAAGAAAAAGAUCCCUCAGUCGAAUACUUAAUCAAGUGCUCACAUCUCGAAAUUUAUAAUGAACACAUCAUUGAUCUUCUUAAUCCUGAUUUGGGUAACUUGCAACUCCGAGAGGAUCUGAACAAAGGAGUAUACGUUGAAUUUCUGACUGAAGAAUGUUGCGCCAAUGUUGUAGAGGCUAUGGAAGUAGUCCAACGAGGCAAUGAAAAUAGACAUAUCUCAUCAACUUAAAUGAAUUUCGAAUCUUCCCGUUCUCAUAGUGUUUUCACUGUCUAAUUGGAAUCCAGAAGAUAAAGUCAUUCACUCAUCAACCACAGAUUCUCUAGAUUCCAUUUUGUGGAUCUAGCUGGUAGUGAAAGAUAGAAGCAUACCCAAGUUUAAGGUGAGAGACUCCGAGAAGGUUGUCAAAUCAAUAGGAGUCUUCACAUACUGGGCAAUGUCAUCAAUUCAUUAGUGGAAGACAAGGAAUAAAAUAGAUAUGUUCAUUAUCGUGAUUCAAAACUCACGUUCUUACUCAAAGAUUCUCUUGGAGGCAAUUCCAGAACUCAUCUCAUAGCAAAUAUACAAUAAUCCAAUUUGUUUUUUUAGGAAACACUCUCUACACUUCUAUUCUCUAGAAGAGUCAAACAAGUCAAAAACAAGGCUAGAGUUAAUGAAGAUGAAAGUGGAUCUUUGGAGAGUCUCAAAAAUGAAAUCAAAAGAUUAAAAUAAGAAUUAGCCAAAUGGAUUGUCGGUCUCUAAACUACCUCCUCUAAAUCAGCAGAAUCUCCUUCUAAAUAAAACAUCAGUAAAAUACUCAUCAUAAAUUAGUCAUGCAUAAUAUCAAUUUUGAAGAUCUUAAUGCUAAAGAUUAAAGAUAUAUCAAGCUUGAAGAAAUACUCAAAGUCUAUCUUGAACAAUCUACUGAGAGUGAGACUGCCCUUUAUAUAGAAAUUGAGAAGUACUUAAGUGGAAUCAAAGAAUUACGAGAAGCCUUCUAAUUAAGUUCAUAAUUGGAACAACAACUAAAAUUAAUUAUUCGAUUGUAAAAUGAAUAAAUCGUCAGAUUGAAACACGCAAAUGGAGCUGAAGAUUUAUCAAACGAUUAUCAAGAAGAACUCUCCAAAGCCCUGUUGAGUCAAGCUGCAGUUAUGAAGAAAUUCUCUGAUAGUCUUAGAAUCAAAGAGGGAUCAGCCAAAAAUGUAGAAAAAGCUAAACUAUAAAUUAAUGAAAAUGUAUCAAUGCUCAAUACUAUUGUAACUACUGUUAAUGUAAUUCAUUCUAUUUAUUAAUUUAGGAAUCUUUGGAUGAAAGGAAGAAAUUACAAAAAUAAAUUUAACAAUAAUUCUCAUAAGUUUAUGUACCAGUGGAGGAGUUUACUUAAUUGCAAAGUGAAAAAGAAAAACUCAAUGAAAAAUUAACUAAGUUUGUAGAAAAAGAAGAUAAAAUCAAAUAAUCACUUGAUUAAAUAGGCAUUACAGUUCAUGAUGAAGAUGAAAUUAAAAUCAUUGAUCACAAAUAAAGAGAUUUAACCUUAGAUUAAUAAAAUGAAUAAUUGGAACUGAAGAGCAGAGCUGUUGAAUAAUUAAAUUAGUAACUAUUGCAAAAAGAAUAAGAGAUACAAUAAAUAGUAGAACAAAAUCAAAUACAUGUUCAAGAAGCCCAACAUUUAAAUGAAUAAAUAGGGGAAGCAAAGCAAGAAGUUAGGUAAUUGAAUUAACAACUCCAAUCCUAAUAACAUGAAUUAGAGUAAUCAAAACAAUAAUAGGAUUCCCUAUAAAAUACGGUGCAUUUAGGUAAGUUAGAGAAUGAUUAAUUGAAAGUAUAAAUCGAAGCUUUAAAAGCUGAGAAAUAAAAUUUGUAGAUUUAAAGUAAUCAACAUUAAGAGGACUUAAGUAAUUAAUUACAGUAAUAGAAAUAAUAAAUUGAUGAUCUAUUGAAUUAGGUUAAAUAAUUGAUUCAAAAGUAAGAGUAAUAAGAGUUAUUGUAUUAAAAUGAACUUCAAACUAUUAUUAAGAAUUCUAAAAUUGAAAACACUAAUAUUUAAAAUGAGUAUGAAAGUCAAAUAUAAACUAUUGUGAAGUAGCAUCAAAUGUAGAUUGAAGAACUGAAAAAUGAAAACAAGAGGUAGCUUGAUUAAUUUGUUAAUUAAUAAGAAUCAGUAAUCCAAACAUAAAUUAAUUAAUUGCAAAAUUAAACCAAAUAAUUGAAUAAAGAAUUAUAAGAAAAGCAAUUGGAACUGGAAAAUAAAAAUAAAGAAUUUGAGGUAUUAUUCAUUUUAUCUUUAGCUUCUAAAAGAAAAAUAAACGAAAUUAGAAUAAUAGAUAGAAUAACAAAGAGAUGACUACGAAAAUGAACUUGAGGAAAAAUAGGCUUAAUAUGAAGAAUUAUAAAAAUAACAAAAAUUAUUAGUGGAGUAGAAGGACAGAUAAUUAGAAUUAACAAAGAUUGUUCAUGAAAGGGAAAUUCAACAAAAGAAUUUAGAAAUUGCAGAAAUUAUAUAGCAUUAUGAAAAAUUGUUGGUAGAGAACGAGUCUAUUAUAAAAUAAUAGGAGUAAGAACUUUUGAUUAAGAAGGAAGAGUUGAAUCAAGCAGUUUAAGAGAUGAUAACUAAAGAGGAAGAAUUUAAAGAACAAUUAGCUUAAGUUAAUGAAAAACAGAAAGAGUUUGAAGAUAAUUGUUUAGAAUUGAAAAGUAAGGCUAUUCCAGAGAAAGAUUCAGUAAUUGAACAGUUGAGAGCAGAUGUUGAGUAAAAGGAAUGCGAGUUGCAAGUUCAAAAUGAUGAUUUCAUCAAUUAAUAAAAUCUCCUUUUUGAGAUGAUCAAACAAAAAGAUAUUGAAAUAAAGAAAUUGACAGAGGAUCUUGAUGAUCAUAGUAAUAGAUUAAAAGAGGCAUCAAAAGUAAUAGAUAAGUAUUCUAAUUGCAAUUCCGAGUUGAAAGGAACUAUAGAUUCAUUAAAUCAUCAAUUGGAAAAGUAAUAAUAAAUAUUAAAUGAUAUAAAAAUUAAAGAGAAUACGUCAACUCAAAUUUAUGAUGAGAAGAUGAAAUCACUCAAUGAGAUUUUACAAUCUAAAUAAAAUGAAGUUGCUAAUCUACAAAUGAGAUUGGAAGAGGAGAAUAAAGUUUAUAAAUAACAGAAUUAAUAAAGUACCUAAUAGAUGAAGACUAGUGAAAAAAGAAUGAAAGAUUUGGAAAAGGAAAAGCUUAAUUAUCAAGAGGAAAUCUAGAAAAAGGAGUUGUCAAUCAAUUAAUUAGAAUCAAAGUUACAAGCAUCCUUAAAGGAAAAAGAAAUUAUGUCUAAUUAAUUGAAAAGUUAAAUUAAAGAGCUGUAACAAUAAUUGAUAUCCAGUAAUCAAGGAAUAGAAGAAUAAAAGAUUUGGGUUAUUCAUUAUAAAAAAGAAGUGGAUAAAUUAAAUAAGGAAGUGUCUUUAUCUUAAUAAAUUACUUAAUAAUAUUAAAGCCAAAAGAACGAGGGUGAUUAAAUUAAAUAAGAAAAUCAGAAAUUAAAUAAAUUGCUGGAUAAUCAAUAACAAUAGAUAGUAUCUCUUAAAAAAGAAGUAGAAUAGCAUAAAUAAGAAAAAACUAAAUUAAUUGAAUCGAUUUCGUAACAAGAGAAUAGGAUAUUAGAGUUAGAAGAGAUAAAAUUGUAGAAGUAAAUAUUGCAAGGAAAAGUAAGUGAAAUACAGAAGAAUUAAUAAGAAGUUCAAUAAAAGUAUCAAUAGACAUAAGCACAAUUAUAGAGUGUGUAGGAUGAUUUGUAACAUUCAAAAAAGGAAAUCUAGGAAACUAAACAAAAGAAUAAGGUUCUGGCCUAAUAAUAAUAAAAUGAAAUGUCUAAGUUCAAUUAAGAAAUUAUUGCGAUAUAGGAAGAGCUAGAACAGAGCAGGAAGAUUUAAAUGGAAAUAAAGAAGUCUGAACAGGAACAGAGAGAGUAGAAUAUGCAAAUGAGAUAGAAUUAUGAAAAGUUGAAGUUAGAAAAUUAAUAAUUAAAUAAUUAAUUAGAUGAAAUACAAUAAGAUGUUAAAUAUGAGAAGGAAGAAGUCUUGAAGAAGGAUGAAACCAUUUACAAAUUAUCAGAUUAAGUAAAAUACAAGACUCAGUAAUUAGAGGCUCAGAAUACUUUGAUUAAUUAGGUCGAAUAAAAUAAGUUAAGCUAAACUAAUCAAAUAUUAUAAUAAUCUAAUUAAUUGACGAAUCUAUCAAAAGAAUUAUUUUCUUUAAAGUAACAAUUGCAAAUAAAUGAUACUCAAAGUGAAUCCUAUAAGCGAGAAGUUGAAAGAUUAAGAAGAGAAUUAGAAUUUUAAGAAAAGUAAGUUGAAGAAUACAAAUAAUAAACUAAAAAAUUAUCAUAGCAACUUGACUUUGAAAAGAAACAUAGCUAAAAAUAAAAAAUUUAUGAAGCAUCUGAAUUGUUAAGCAAAAUUGACAAUACACUCUCUCCAAUAAAAGGAGUUAAGGUAAUUUACAUUAUUAUUAUUUAAAGGGUUAGACUCUAUAUGGCAGUUCGGACAGCAAAACUUAAAAAAGAAUAUUCCAACAAAAAACACCGUAAAAGGAAUAUGGAUUUUAGAAUUCAAAUAGUGCUUCAAUGCUUAAUGCUUCAUUCAAUUCAUAAGAUUAAUUAGCUAAAGAAAAUAGGAAACUCAAAUAAAGUUUAGAAUAGAAAAUGAAAGUAAUUGAUUUAUAAUAACAUCAGAUUAUUGAAUAAUUGGAACAGGCAUUAUUACAAAGCGAGUAGACAUUGAAGGAAGUGCAUGAGAAAGCAAAUCAAUUUUGUUAACAACAAGAAGAUGAAAUAAAGCAAAUCAAAGAUCAAUAUUCUAGACUUGAACAGGAACAUAAUACUAUAUUAGUAAUUACAUUCUAUAUUGUAGGCUGAAAGGGAGUAUGAGAAUUAGCAAAUAAAUAAAUAGAAGGAAUAGGCUUUGUUUAAAGUUUAAAUUCUAUAAGAUGAGGUAUUGAAAUCCAAGAGAGGAUCAGUUGGAAGUCAACACAUUCCAGGAACAAAAUAUUCUGAAACUGUGUAGGACAUGUCAAUGAGAGAGACUCCAUCAUCAUCUCAUAGAUUUAGACUCUCAGAUGGGUAAUUUAAAUCAUAUUAUGGCGUCGAUGCUCAUUCAAAGCUAAUUUAUGACACUGUAAUAUCCAAAUUUGUAUCAAUAGCAAAAACUAUUACUUGAGAAUCAAAGACUAAAUAGUCAAAUGUGCAAAUUAUACUAGAUAUUGGGAUUAGAAAAAAAUAGAUCAAACAGACUAGAGGAUGGUGAGAAGGUCAUCUAAUCGGUUCAAUUAUUAUUAUAAGAAGUCAUUGUAUUUAAAACUGAAUUAUUAUUUAAGGAUUGCAAAUAGGAGAUUCAAAAUUUGAUUUAGGCUUAGCCUUCAAGAAGCUUAAAAUAUCAAUCAAUGGAGAAAGAUUUACAAUAGACUAAAUAAAAAUAUUAUGCUUUAGAAAGGAGUCCUAAAUUUUGGAAUUCUAGCAAUGAUACUCCAAAAGCUAAAUUCUUUAAUUACUCAAAUUCUUCAGGGAAAUGA